CUCAAUUGGGGUGACACUGAUUUAGUGCCGGUCUUAGCGCUUGGUUUAAUUUGCCCCUUCCCUGAGGUAUUAUUGUGAUUAUUAUUAUGACCUGCACUGGGCUCCAGACCUCGUGGUUUCCUGUCAUCGACCCCAAGAUGCUCCUAGUUUACUAGUACAUAAGGUAGUCACGCCGUCGUGUGGUCCCUCCUUUUCCCUCCUUCUCUUUCCCUUUUCUCGAAAUCGGACAGCCUUCAUUCCUUCCUUUUCUGGGUACCCUUGUUCCUGCGUAUAUAUCUACGCAUAGUCCUUCUUUUUUACUAUCCUACUGAGUUCACUCCUUUAAUAAUCAAACUUACGUCGAAGGCUUUGCCGUCUCGCUGUAUCUCACUUAUCGCCUUAAGAACAAUUUCAUCAAAAUGCGUUCCAUCUUCUACCUGACUCUCAGCGCCAUGGCGUCUCUCGCUGCGGCUGCUACCGGCGCCAACCCGUUUAACAUUCCCGCCGAGGGUUAUUCGUUCGAGGCUGGUGAGCCGACUACGCUCACCUGGAAGCCUACCACCGAGGGCACCGUCUCCCUGAAGCUCCAGUGGGGUGCUGUGAUGACUGCGAACACGGGUACUACCAUUGCCAAGAACAUUGCCAACUCGGGCAGCUUCACAUGGACACCCCCUGCCAAUCUCGCCGCUCAGCCUGACUACACCAUUGAGAUCUUCAACGACGAUGAUACCAGCGAGGUCAACUAUCUCCCGCGGUUCACCGUGGCCGGUGCUACUGCCGCCCCGUCGACCACCGCGUCUGCCACCACUACCGCUGAGACUACCUCUGCCACCGAUCCACUAGCGCCUCUGCCAGCACCACCGGCACCUCGACUGGCUCUGCCUCGACCUCCACUGAGGCCUCCAGCACUACCUCCGCCAGUGCCUCGGCCUCGACCACCACCGUUGCCAGCGUCAAUGGCGGUAUGGUUAACCGCGUCUCCGGCGGCAUGCUGGCGAUCGUUCUGGGUGCCAUUGCCGUGCUGUGAGCCUCCUACGGACUCCAGUCGGCGAUCUGACCAUACUUUAUUAAUCAGAUAGUUAACUACUCUUCUAUCGUUUCUCUUCGGUCUUCUCUUUUCUUUUAUAUCUGUUUUUUUUUUUUUUCGUUCACUGAGCGGACGUGUUUUAUACCCUUGGGUAUCGAAGUUGUUUGUCUCGGACGUGAGUAAAGUCACGCUUCUUAUCUC